GUAAAAUAAAAUUUUUUGACCUCUGAAUCAAUUUUCUAGCUUCACUCCUAAAAAUGCCAAUUGAAAUUGAACUUCAACUAAAACAAAAUCAAAAUUAAUUCCUUGUAAUUUAAUUGAGGAACUCUCUACCACCAAAACAACCUUGCAUAUCAAGUGAUGGAUAUCUAUAUUUCCCUAUAUAAAGCCACCUAACUUAACACUCUAAGCAUCGCAUUUUUCUUAAUUUACUCAAUAUUUUUCUCUCUUGUUCACUUGUCUCCUACACCUAGCUCUCCAGGGAAAAACAAUGGCCGUGGCAGGACCACGACGAAUGAUGUGGGCGGUUGAAAUGGCAGUGAUAGUGAUGGGGCUAAUGGCUAUGGCAUCGCCCACCAUGCAACUUAGCAUGAAAAACCCUCUGCGAGGGGCUAUACAGAAGAUCAAUGACAUAAAACUACCAGUUUACGCGAUCAUUGUGACUGCCAGUUCUUCUGAGAAGGCAUUUAAUGAAUCUGGUAUCUUCAAUUGUAAUUCAUCUGUUGUAUACAAAGGAAGAACAUUCUUCCGUGGAACGAUUUAUGGACAUCAAUUUGUCUUCGUUAAUAGUCCAACUCGUCCAGUGGUAUGA